UGAGAUAAAAGUUAUCAGCAGGCCCUACCACCCGCAUCCAUUCAUAUUGGAAAGCACGGAAUGAUAACUGAGCUUUCAGGUACGUUCCUUUCUUGAUAUCAUAAAUGUGAUUUACUCCGCUCUGGCAUCGCUCAAUGUGCUUGUGCUUUAUAUUGGAGCUCGAUGGGAGAACAUCCCCUGCAAGAAGCAUCCCAAUCCAAUUGGAUUCUCAAUUUUGCCAUGCAUUAUCAAAUGGCCAAAACACGUGCGUCACUCCAACUCCUUCCUCAAAUGAUCCCACGUCGUUAAAAACCUACUACCAUCCGAUUUUCUUAAAAUGCGCAUAAAAACACAGAACAAGCGGUCAACAUUGGAAGCUAUGCUAUUCUUUUUGGUUGAAAAAGUAUGAAGUGUGUAGAAGGUGUAUCACGAAACGAAUUUUUCAGCAAUGAAAUAUUCCAAGCAAUGGCAAAAUCACCGGUCGAAUGGAUGCUAAGUAAAUCAUCAUCAUCUUCAGUCACCCUGGAGGGAUUCCUCUUGGCGUGGAAAUCAUGCUUCAUGAAUUGCCACCACAGAUGAAACUCAAAAGCACUCUGCAAUUUGUGGCUUAGGUUGGCUUGCCCCUGCUUAUAUAUAGGAAUGAAAGUUUAAUUGGGUAGUCUGUCCUUUGUCCUAGUAUCUGAAGGUGCCUAACCAUGAAAAACUGGGGUCCUUAUGGGGCAAUGGUACUAAUUCAGCUAGCUUAUGGUGGAUCAAAUAUCCUAAUAAAAAUCGCAAUCGACAAGGGACUAAAUCAAAUCGUCUUUGUGGUGUACAGACAUAUCAUUGCCAUGCUUUUGCUAGGUCCCUUUGCUUAUGUAUUUGAAAGGACGCAACGCCCUUCACUCUCAUUUUCAGUGAUGAUGAAGAUUUUUGUGUUAGCCUCACUAGGCACCACCGUCCAUCUUAAUGUUUACUAUGCUGGUUUACAUUACACUUCCGCAACAGUUGCAAGUGCCUUGGGUAAUGUCAUUCCCGGUUUGACUUUUCUCAUGGCUGUUCUUUUUAGGAUGGAAGAGGUGAGGAUUCGAAGUGCAAGAGGUCGAGCUAAGGUGUUGGGAACAAUGGUUUGCAUUGGUGGGGCACUUACUUUUACCUUUUGGAAAGGAGGGUACCUGUUCAAUGGCUUCACAGAAAGACCACUGAUCAACGUCUACAGUACCAAAGGUUCCGCUAGUGAGCAUCAUGGUGGGAAAAACUGGAUCAAAGGCUCAGUCCUCAUUCUGAUCAGCCAUAUUGCAUGGAGCUCGUGGCUCAUUCUCCAGGCUGUAGUGUACAAAGUCUACCCAGCUCGAUUAUCUCUGAAUGUUCUUAUCUGCUUCUUUGCUUCACUGCAAUCUUCCUUCCUUGCCUUGAUUUUUGCAAGGAAUCCAGUCUUGUGGAAGCUAGAAUGGAAUGUGCAGCUCUUGACCAUCAUAUACUGUGGAGUUGUGAUAUCAGGAUUGGUGUACUACUUACAAACUUGGUGUAUCAGUAAGAGAGGACCCGUUUUUGCAGCAAUGUUUACUCCAUUACUAGUUAUUUUUGUGGGAAUAUUCUCAGCAGUUGCUUUUGCAGAGCGUCUUCACUUGAGCAGCUUGAUAGGAGCAUUUCUCAUCAUUGCUGGCCUUUACAUUGUCCUGUGGGGUAAGAGGACAGAUGGUCGCUCUGAAGGAAUAAGUAAGAGUAAAAAAGGCUUGGAUGAUGAUAAGGUACUGGAGAUUUCUAUAAAUGAUCAGCCUGGUGCAAACCCCAUCACAAAUGAAAGGAAAUGAGAACUGGGUUAAGGGAAGGGAAGGGAAAAAAUGAACAAAGUUUGGUCAAAGGUUGUCUUGAUUGAAGUCAUAUAUGCUAAGGCUAAUCAGCGGGAAAAUGGUUGAAUCUUUUUUCAUUAUGACAAUCUAAGUGGUUGAGACCCAGUCAUCAUUGGUGUAAUUGGGAGAUAGUUAUUAUUCCAUUGAAAUAACAUGGUGUUUCUUCUUUCAUACUUUGAAA